AUGUCUGAAGACGCUAAAUCGUCCAUCGCCCUUGGAAAGAGGAAUCGCGACGCGAGUCCCCAGCAAAACAACAAAAAUGGAGCAGAGGCUCCCGAUAUGCUUGCUGCUGAUGUCGACGAUUCUUCCGACGAGGAGAUUGGGCCAAUGCCAGGAGGUGAUUUAGAAGCAUCCGAGUCGCGUCCCAAGAAGAAGAGGGCUGUGCUACCCCAUGAAAAGCUCUAUCUCGCAUCUCUUCCUGAUACGGAUCGCUACUACAAGUCAUUCAUGCACAGGGAACCUUUGAACUCUGUGACUAUCACAAAGACGAACUUUGUGGUGACAACAUCGAUAGACGGCCACCUGAAACUGUGGAAGAAGCAAGAGCAAGGCAUAGAAUUCGUCAAGCACUACAGGGCGUCUCUGAAGGCCAUUGUUGGGACCAGCGCCAGUGAGGAUGGAAAGCUGUUUGCAACAGUGUCCGAAGGCGGUGAGGGGCGAGUGUUUGAUGUGGUCAACUUUGACAUGAUCAAUAUCUUGAAAUUCCCCUAUACGCCCAAAGCGUGCUGUUGGAUCCACGAACCUGGAGCCGGCCAGUCCUUGCUUGCAGUCUCUGAUGUUGCCAGCCCGACUAUCCGGAUCUACGAUGGGAGAGGUGACGGGCAGCCGUUAUAUGAGCUUGCGAAGGUGCACCGAGCGCCCGUGCACUUGAUGGUGUACUCUGCUCACUACGACUGUGUGGUCUCUGCCGAUGAAUCUGGAUUUGUAGAGUACUGGCAGCCAAGCGAGCCUUGGGGUCUUCCGUCCGUCCCUGGGCUCUGGCAAUAUAAGUCUUCCACCGACCUCUUCCAUUUCAAAAAGACGAAAACACUCCCAACCUCGAUCAGCUUUUCCCCCAACUCUUCACAUUUCGUCACCAUGGCUCUCCCCUCCCGUUCCGUCCACGUCUUCAACUUUCUCACUGGCAAACUCACCAGGACCUAUGAUGAAUCCCUAACAGCUGUUAUGGAGAUGCAACAAGCAGACACGGCGGUGUUCAAGCUGGACGAUAUGGAUUUUGGAAGGAGGUUGGCGUUGGAGAGAGAGCUUGACCGAAGUGAGAGUGGGCCGGGUGGGAUGCUGAGGAGUGCGAACGCUGUUUGGGAUGAGAGCGGGAAUUUCGUGCUGUAUCCUACCAUGCUGGGUAUCAAAGUUGUAAACACUGUCACAAACAAAGUGUCUCGAGUCUUGGGCAAAGACGAAACUCUACGUUUCCUCAAUAUAUCUCUCUACCAAGGCGCCCCGGCAAAGAAGGGUGUAACAACGAUUCAAAUGGCAGCUUCUGCGAACCCUCUCUUACAGGACAAAGCUUCACGAGACCCUCAUGUCUUUACUACUGCUUAUCAAAAGCAGAGGUUUUACCUGUUCGCUCGAGAAGACAAAGAGGAGACCAAGGGCGACCGAGAUGUCUUUAACGAGCGACCUACCCGAGAGGAGCAGACUAUUGCCGUACCAGUGGAAGAGAAACAACGCCCCUCUGCCACGCGCUGUACGAUCCAUACCACCAUGGGCGAUAUCUCUGUGCAACUAUUCCCUGAGGAAGUGCCUAAGACGAUCGAGAACUUUGUCACCCAUGCCAAGAAUGGGUACUAUAAUGGGACGAUCUUCCAUCGUGUCAUCAAGAAAUUCAUGAUCCAAGGUGGCGACCCUUUCGGUGACGGGACUGGUGGUGAAAGUAUCUGGGGUGGUACAUUCGAUGAUGAAAUUUCGCCCAAACUGAGACACGACCGGCCCUUUACUCUUUCUAUGGCCAAUGCUGCAGGACCUGGUACAAACGGAUCGCAGUUCUUUAUCACUACUGCUCCUUGCCAAUGGCUAGACGGCAAACAUACGGUGUUUGGCCGAGCUGUGGGUGGACUGGAUACCGUCGAUGGGAUUGAAAACUCGAGGACGGAUAAGGACGACAGACCGUACGAGGAAAUCUCCAUCAGUAGUAUAACAGUCGAGUAG